UGGCGCUGGAGCGGACAGCCGGCGCCGCACAGUGACUGACAGAAGCUCGGUCGGGAAGCUAGCGGGCUACAGUCUGACACAACAACACGAAGAGACAUGACGAACAGUCGCAUCCUCUGUUCUGCGUGCGCCGUGCUGUUUUAGGACAGAGCCGGUGCACGACCGCUGUCGAACUUGUGCUGGGAGACUGAUUUCCAGAGCAGAACCGUGGGCUGUUGUCGGGGAUGGUACAAGAUGGAGGACAAAGGCCCACGUGUAGCCGACUACUUUGUAGUGGCGGGUCUGACAGACCCAUCGAAGCCGAUGGAUCAAGAGAUUCACUUUGAUGAUGUCUGCCACAAGACUGCCAAGCCAAAGGCACCAAUCACUGAUGUGGCGGUGGUGAUCCGCUCACUAGGCGACAGUAUACCCCAAGGGUUCACCUGCAUAGAGACAACACCAGGCGGACACUCGGCUGAUCUUAACAAUGGUGGAUUCAUGGCACCGCAGAUAUUCCUGUGCUACAGACGAGGUCAUGACAAGCCUCCACUGACUGACCUGGGGGUGUUGUACGAGUGGCAGGAGCAGCUGAAGCAGGGCUGCCGCCUCAUCUGGACCACUCCCUCGGGACGUCCAGCCAACAUCAGUGGAAAUUCAUCCCAGCGCGUCUACAUAACCUAUCGGCGCGCACCUGAGAACCAGUCGCACACAUCCUUGGCGGUCACAGAUCUCUGCAUCAUCAUCCCAAGCAAAGGAGAGAAACCCCCUCACACUUUCUGCAAAGUAGACAAGAAUCUGAACAGCAGCAUGUGGGGCUCUUCUGUCUACCUGUGUUAUAAGAAGUCUGUCGUCAAAACCAACACAAUAACCUACAAAGCAGGCCUGUUUAGCAGAUAUCCUGAGGAGGACUAUGAGUCAUUCCCACUGCCUGAGUCUGUUCCUCUCUUCUGCUUUCCCAUGGGGACCACAAUUGAGUGCUGGCCAGCAAAAACUAAAUAUUCCCUCCCUGUUUUCUCUACAUUUGUCCUGACCGGAGCGUCUGGAGAGAAGGUCUAUGGUGCUGCUAUUCAGUUCUAUGAGUCGUACCCGCAGGAGUGCCUGACAGAGCAGCAAUGCUCUCAGCUCGGUCUGGAACCAGAACUUGAAAACCGCGCUUCCUCCACAACAGUUGAAGUCUACACCAACAAGUCCAUCUGCUUGCUUUCCCAUUGGCCAUUCUUUGAUGCCUUCCACAAAUUCCUGACUUUCCUGUAUCGUUAUUCCAUCUCUGGUCCUCAUGCUCUGCCUAUUGAGAAGCACAUCUCUCAUUUCAUGCACAAUGUUCCCUUCCCAUCUCCUCAAAGGCCUCGGAUCCUUGUACAGCUCUCCCCUCAUGACAGCUUGAUGCUGAGCCAACCAGUCUCUUCUCCAUUACCUCUGAGCGGAGGAGGGUGUUCUACACUGCUCCAGAACCUUGGAUCGGAGAACGCCAUCACUUUGCUUGUGUUUGCACUGACCGAGCAUAAGAUUCUGGUUCAUUCUUUACGUCCAGCGGUACUGACGAGAGUCACAGAAGCCUUGGUGUCGAUGAUUUUUCCCUUUCACUGGUCUUGUCCAUAUAUUCCUCUGUGUCCACUUGCACUAGCGGAUGUGCUGAGUGCCCCCUGCCCGUUUAUUGUUGGCGUGGACUCUCGCUACUUUGACCUUUAUGAGCCUCCCCCAGAUGUUUGUUGUGUGGACCUGGACACAAACAACAUCUACUUUGAUGAAGAAAAGCGAGCUCUCACAUGGAAGAUUCUGCCAAAAAUGGCGUGUAAAAACCUAAUGAACGUGACAAAGAAUCUCUACAUGCAGUUGACGGAGGGUCACUGUCGUCCUGAUGGGCUAAUGGAACCGUGCAUGAGUAGCUCAACUGAGCUGAACUGUGGAAAGACGCUUCACACCCUGGAGCUGGAAAUCCAGGAAGCCUUUUUGCGCUUCAUGGCGGCUAUUUUAAAAGGCUACCGCUCCUUUUUGCGUCCCAUCACCCAGGCACCAUCAGAGAAAGCCACACACGCCAGCUCACUCUUUGACUUACAAGGGUUCUUGAAGAGCCGGGAUCGUUCCCACCAGAAGUUCUAUACCCUGAUGACCAAAACCCAGAUGUUCAUCCGCUUUAUUGAAGAAUGUUCUUUUGUCAGUGAUAAAGACACAAGUCUUGCGUUUUUCGAUGACUGUGUGGACAAAGUGGGAGGCGAACGGGGAGAUGAGACCAGGUUGAUAGAGAUUGAUGAGUCUCAACGCAGUGAGCACACGGUCUUCAUCACACCUCCAGAGCUGCCUCAUGCUGCUGAUGGCAGUGAAUACCCAAUCUGUUACAGAUACGAUGGCUUCCCAGUAUUAUGUCUUGAACUCUUUGACCCAAAGGAGGGUCAUGGCACAGCGUCUGACCGACCUUCAUCACAGCUCAAAGGUCUCACCAACGCGCCGCCGAUGUUCAGACGCACAAAGCAGGAGAUCAAAUUGGCGCAGAAGAUAGCCAAGAAGAAUGCAUCCGUCCCUCAGCUGUGGUCCAAGUGCCUUCUUCAUACUUGUUACGGCAUGUGGUUUAUCUGUCUGCCAGCAUACGUCAGUGUGUGCCACUCCAAAGUGCGGGUACUUCGCAUCGCCUAUGACGUCCUAAGAAAGAUGCAGGCCAAGGAGCUACAGCCCCCUGAUGAGGUAUGCUACCGAGUCUUGAUGCAGCUGUGUGGACAGUACGGUCAGCCUGUCCUGGCUGUCAGGGUCCUGUUUGAGAUGAAGAAGGCUGGAGUCCACCCAAAUGCCAUUACAUACGGCUACUACAACAAGGCUGUCUUGGAGAGCAAAUGGCCUUCCAGCACCAGAGGUGGCUACUUCCUGUGGAUGAAACUGAGAAACGUGGUUCUUGGUGUCGCCCAGUUUAAACACGCUCUGAGGAAACAAAACCUACUCACGCAGAGCCCAUUAUCAGAUGGCAGUGACCUGGAUGCUGUGAGUCAUAGCAGCCUGGAUAGCUCGGCUGACACUAACCUGGUGGAGCAGGGCCCCUUCACCACUGACCCCAUCAGACUAGACCCUACUGAUGAUAGAUCUAGCACAGUCGGCUAUGGCGGUGUGGCCAUCAGACAUUCUCAUAGCAGCAAAGUCAAACCUUACACAGGAGGUCAGUCGGAUCUGGGUUAUAACUCUCUGUCUAAAGAGGAAGUUUGGCGAGGAGACAGCGCUGCCAAAGGUUCUGCAACGGACAAAUAUGAUAAAAAGGAGAGCGACUGCAGCUCUUUGUCAGAAACGGAAAGCUCCAAAGGAAGCAAGGACUGCCUUUCUCAGUUGGACAUGGAGCUCGGUUCUACUUUCAAACAGCGCGGUAUUGUUCGGAGCAGCUAUCCUUAUGGUGAUUCGUCCUGCAAACCCAAGAACUCCUUGAGCACAGACCACGUGGCAGGCCUCCUCUUCACCUCGUCCCUGAAUGAGAUUGGUGAGGUCCAGACCAGAAACUUACUCAGGAGACACAAGAGUACCUUGGAAGAAGUGGUCGGUGGUGCUGUCAAUGGCUCCGGUCCAGACUGGCAGGGGGUGAGAGGCCGACGUCUGUGCGGAAGAAGCAGUAGUGGCAGUUAUGUUCUGGGCCACGAUCUGGCGCGUGACCCACAUAACAGUGUCGCACAAAUGGAUGAUGAAGCCUGUGCCAAGAUGAGCCGGAGGCCCAAGUCACUCAAUCUGCAUAGCUCGAAACAGUUGGUAAUGGAUACAGCCCAUCACAGAGAGGAAGAGGAAUACGAGGGACCAGAGCUCAGUGACGAGGAAAUUGUUCAUAAUCUGGAGGACAUUUUUGAUUUGGAGGAUGUUGAUUUAGACAAAGGACUGAAGAUGUAUCAAGGCCACAGAACAAAUAUAAAGAGCACUUUCCCUUGUGGCUCCACGUCGAGAAGAGUUGUCACCCGGACUGAUAUCCAGGCGGGAAAUGAUCCUCUGUCCCUGCUAGCAGCCGAGUCGGAACAACCGACCGUGGACUCAUACUCAAUCGGUAGUGAGACUCCGAGGGCCCGAAGACACCUGGCACAUGAGAUCGAGCUUUACAUGAACAACAUUGGCAGCCCACUAAGCAGCCGGACACCUAGUAUGGACUUCCAGGACCCGGACAACCCAGUAUUCCCAUGCUCCACUUCACUAUCUGGUCCCCGCAGAGCCAGCCUCCCUCACCACUCCCCACUCAGGACUUCCAGUGUGCAGCGUUCUCGCACCUUCCAACCUCCUUCCCCAUCAAAGCCUGUCUCACAUCAGAGUUUGUGUUCAUCCCCACCUUCGUACUGCUCCAGCACUACCCCUAGUCCCAGCCCAAGGCCCAGUCCGUCCAGGGAGAAGACGGACAGGAGGAGCCUUGCGUCCCCCUCACCGUCUUCCUCUUCAUUUUCCCUGGACACACUGAUCCCACCAACGCUUGAUGUGUUCAAGAGCAAGAUGUUUUCUGCUGGGAAGGGUGUGGCUGAGAAGGCCAGUCGUUGGUAUUCUAAAGUAGCCACCAACAGCACACCGUCCAAGCGUACUUUCAGUGUUGAAGACCCGGAUUGUUCUUCAUCACCUGAUGAUGAUGAUGAUGAUGAUGACUAUAGAGAGUCAACAAGCUCUACUCGCUCCUUGCGUAAACCUGUCGGUCCGGUAGUGUCGCAGCUGACCCCACGAAGAAGCCCCGCUCACAGCAGGCUGCAGAGCCCCACAGCGGGGUCCAGCUUCAAAGGACCCUCCUCAUUACUUCAAGAUCGUGUCGUCUCUCCUCCAGACAAGUCGGACCUCAGCUCCUCACGCUACACCAGCAACACCACUAACACUAGCAGCACCAGCAUAUUUAACAAUUAUGCUAUGGAGCUGCUGAUCUCCAGCUGCUCGUGCUGCAAGACCUGUGAGUGUCUGGUGUACGACGAGGAAAUUAUGGCCGGCUGGAUGGCUGAUGAUUCCAACCUGAACACAACCUGUCCCUUCUGUGGAACUCCCUUUCUGCCAUUUCUCAAUGUGGAGAUCAGAGACAUGCGAGGCCCUGGCAGGAUGUUCCUGAAGGCCUGCCCCUCAGUUGACCAGGUGAUGACCUCGUCAUUCUCUGCAUCAACUGGAUUCGGCACUGGAACUUCCAACAUGUCCACACCAGGUCCAGCAUCUGCUGUGUCCCCUCCGUCUCCCAUUUCCAGUCAGCAUCACAACUUGCUUGGUGGGAGGCACCAGUCCAGUAGAACUCAGGGAAUUGAUAUUCCUGAUGAAGCUUCCAGACGAAAUCACAGUUUGCCGGUCUCCGGGAGCCUCCCGUGCCGCCUCAGCGAAGCAACUGAUCCUCUGAGCAUGGACUGGAGGCUGCACAACCCAGAGCCAGUGACAGUACCCUACCUGAGUCCUCUAGUGCUGUGGAAAGAGCUGGAGAGUCUUCUGGAGAACGAGGGGGACCAGGUGAUCACUGAGCCUGGCCUGGUUGACCACCAUCCCAUCAUCUACUGGAACCUGGUCUGGUAUUUCAGACGACUGGACCUUCCCAGCAACCUGCCCGGCCUCAUCCUUACCGCGGAGCACUGCAAUCGAGACUCCACAACUCCUCGUCACUGGAUGUCAGAGGACAGUAAAGAUGUUCUGAUCCAAAUCCUCUGGGACAAUCUGAAGCUGCACCAAGAUCGUGUACAGCCGCUCUACAUUCUCUGGAACACGUACAGACUUAAUUGUUCUCUGUUGUUAGAAAAUGUGGGUUACCCUCUGACCCGCACCGUCCUGGAGCAGGAGAGCGUGAUCAGUAAGGAGCUGCUGCAGAACGUGGUGAGGAGCAUUCAGAGGAACGACGUCAGCAGACCCAUGGCUCAGCUGCUGCAGCUCCUCGAGCAGACACCCGGGGUCACCAGGCAAAGGAGUUUGUACAGGGACGUUCUCUUCCUCUCUCUGGUGGCUCUGGGGAAGGAAAACAUUGAUAUUGAUGCCUUCGAUCGUGAGUACAAGUUGGCCUAUGACCGUCUCACGCCCAACCUGGUGAAGCUGACGCACAACUGCGACCGUCCUCCCAGCACAGGCGUGAUGGAGUGUCGCAAGACUUUCGGGGAGCCGUACCUGUAAGGCCCCGCGUCACUGCUUUAGGAGCAGCUCAGGAAUCCUGGGGACGACUGUGAAUGUCGGCUGUGCUUCUGUUGAAGAAGUCUGAAUGAGUGAGAAUGAAAUGGCACUUUGGUUGAUCCUGACCCGCCUCUGGACCGUUGAUGUACAGAUAUCAGUCCUGUUGUAGUGUGUAGCCAUACUGCUUCCACGUGAUGAUCAGCAAUAGCUUCAGCUUUAUUGAUAUCAAAGGAGCUUUAUUUCUUUUGAACACACGUCCGGUGUUCAACUCCUGCAUGAGAUCUCAGUGUCUGACGGCACUUUUUACCAAAUCGUUUUUAAAUAAUGGCCACUUUUGUUGGUGUCCUGUGACCGUAUCAUUCCACAACAACAUAGUGCGUUUUUAAAUGUGUAAAAGUGUUUAGUACAUUCACAUACUCUUCAGCUGUGACCAAUUUAAAAUGAGGCUUUUGCAGUCAAGUUGGUGUCCAGUCGGUUUAAAUGAGUCACCAGUGUGGAUGGACAGUCUUUUUUUUAUCCCCUUUAUUUUUUGUUCAAAUUCUCCACUGUUCAUGGCAACAAUCUAAUGUUUCAGUUCAGCAUCUAGAAUCCUGUGGAAACAACACUGUCAAUGGUUCGUGAGCACAACUAGCAUAACAUAUGUAACAAAGUGUUUCCAGAGAGCAAAGUUGAACGUCCCCGAGCCUCCUCAGUGAGCUCACUGGACAGAGGGAAGGAGGGGACCUAUCGUUCAGAAGUGCCUGAAGGACAAGGGGUUAUGUAGAGAGAGACUCCCUGUGAAGACAGGAAUUGGCUCGUACUGGAAGGAAGAGGUCACCCUCAAGAGUUGCCGAGGACUCUUUCACUGACAGACACUGGCCUUGUGUCACCUCCUGUAUUCACGCACAGCUCAGACAUCCAUCUUGAUGUCAGAUUUCUGUGUGUGAUCACAAGAAUUUUACACCACAGAAAGGAGGAUUCACAGUCUUUUGACUGUCUGAACGUCUCUUGUCUGCCUGUGACAUUACGUUCAUUUGCAGCAUUAUUGUGCUAUUGUUUCAGUGUUGGCUCCAACCAACUGGCAACAUCAAUAGAUCAUCAGGAGAAAACAAAGACUAAACACAGUAGUAGCCGUUCAAGCGCUCCACUGCAGCCCUGUAGUGUCUUGGAAUAAUGUGAACCCCAGCUACUCAUUGCGUGUGGAACUGAGGGUGGCGCUCUCUCUUCAUACACAAACCCAGAGUGAAGUCCGGUUGUGGAUUGCGAUGACACACACCAUAUCUGAUUCCUGUCCGGAGCGUGACUUGACGCUGCACACGUCAUCUGUUCUCUCAGUAGCAUGAAAGCGUUUGAAGAUCACAACCUUUGGUUUCCUGUAUUUAAAAUGUUUUUUUUGUUACCUCAGUAUCUCUCACCUCUGCUCAUACUGAAUCAAUAUUUAUCAUUUAUAAUAUGUUUAAGGACUUCACCUGUAUAACACCAGUAUUGCUGGUCAGGAGCCUUUUCUUUGAGGUUGUGUCAGCCGUGUCUCUCUCUGCUGGCGGGGCAAGUCAUUGACGUGGACGUCGCUGCAGUUGUAGCCGAGUCAUGACGUGUUUUCAGCUGAGAGGACGAUUGAAUCCUUUCACGAGCCCCGUCCGAGGAGACGCAGUCAUCCUUCCAGUAAACUGUUCACCAGCACUUGUAGCAAUCUUUCUACAGAUCACUUAGGAAUUCUAUUCUGCCUAGUCAGCAUUCUUAACCAAGUGAAGUUGCCUAGUGAGUAUUUUGGCUUCUGAAACUCUUUGUUGUGAUUCACCAAAACGGAGGUUGAGGGAGGGCCGGGCGUCAACGCUGUAGGUCUCAUGAUGUCAACCCAGGGGGCGUUCGGAUGGAAACAAGCUUUAAUAUUCAAGGCCAAGACAUAAAAAAGAGCAAGGGAAUAUGGGGCAUUGUUUUUUGUAAUGUGUUUUAUAACCAUACAUGUGGACGAGUCACGUAUGUACAGAGAAUUUCAUGGCGAUAUAUUGUAAAUAAAAGUCUACAGUAAUGAAUGUGCUCUCUGACUGAAGCUCAACAAUACACAAGCCGUUCUGUGAACCCAUCACAAAUCGACUCUUUUGUAUCAGAAAUGAAAAGGUUCAUUUCUUCAAUAAACACACUUUUUAACAGUUAAAAAAUAACAA